AUGGUCAGCAUUGAUAUUCCAAAUAACUAUUCGACUUCGUCAUCCUCAUUCGUGGGGACGCCGUCGUUGACAAUCAAUCAUGGCGCGACCGUAGACCUCGAUUCAAGCAACGCCUUUGAAGGUCCUGAGAAGCUCCUAGAGGUUUGGUUCAGCCCAUCUGCUCAAGAUCUCGAUGGUACCAGUGUUCCAACCGGGUUGAAAGCCGUUUCGCCAGAGAUAUGGAAGGGCAUGCUUGAUUUGGUCAAUUGUCAAGUUCUGUCGAUCGUCGAAUCCGACGAUGUCGAUGCCUACCUAUUGUCCGAAUCGAGCAUGUUCGUGUUCCCACACAAGCUGAUCCUCAAGACGUGUGGCACUACAACUCUUCUUCUUGGCCUACCCCGAAUCCUGGAAAUAGCAGCACUGCACGCCGGCUUUCCAAAAAAUAGCCCGCCCUGCUAUGGUGGUAUUUCAAGCGCUGCAGCUCCCUAUCGGGUCUUCUAUAGCCGGAAGAAUUUCCUCUUUCCUGACCGCCAGCGGGGACCUCACCGCAGUUGGCGCGACGAAGUCAACACCUUGGAUAAACUCUUCUUGAGAGGAAGUGCAUACAUGAUAGGCAAAAUGAAUGGGGAACACUGGUAUCUGUAUUUGACUGAGCCGUUUACAUCUUUGACGCCGCCUACAACGCCAAACCAUGAGACUUCCACUAGGACUUUGACUUUGCCUGAUGCCAUCGAUGGCAUGAAGCGACGGAACAAAGGUUGUGACGAGAACGAUGAGACCCUUGAGAUAUUGAUGACUGAUCUGGACGAGACGAAUGCAAAACAAUUCUAUCUCGACCAUGCGAGUGCGGUCGCAGAAGAUCGUCAUCGGUCUCUUCACCGGGACAAUGACCACCAUGUGGAUGUGUUCAGCAACAAUUCCUCGGACAAUAGCGAUAUCGACUCGGAUGCCGGCCAUUCCUUGCCAUCUGAGUUGACCAGCGAAGGCCACGCUUUAGGCACUGUGGUUUCCGACUCCUGCGGACUUUCUGAUAUGCACGUAUUGAUGCUCUACCUUUUCACUCCUUGUGGCUUCUCCGCCAACGGUGUCGUGCCGUCUCCCGAUCGCAAUUCUGGCACCCAUUACUUCACGGUUCAUGUGACUCCUGAACCUCAUUGUUCAUAUGCAUCGUUUGAGACCAACGUUCCGCAUGUGCAGUCUGGCCGUGAAACUGCUGAUAUUAUCAAACACGUGGUGGAUAUCUUUAAACCCGGGCGCUUCAGUGUUACUUUGUUUGAAGCGAAGCCUACAAGUUUCCACUCAGCGGACGCGCUCGACAUCCAUAGUACUAAGACUUUGCAUCGCCAUAUCGCUCUUCGCAAUGCGAAAAUGGAGAAUAUUCCUGGAUAUCGGCGUGUCGACUCGAUUGUCCAUGAUUUGGAUGGUUAUGACCUCGUGUUUCGCUACUACGAGCGUAAUGACUGGAGGGGAGGAGCCCCAAGAAUCGGUGAGGCUGGAUUCUAA